CCAAGUAACUACUUACUACCUUCACCGAUCUUUUUUUCUUUCUUUUUUCUUAUUCUUCCUCACCUUUCGAGCUCCGAGCAAACAAUGGGAGAAGUCGUGAAUGUCCUAGUCGCCUUUGCGGUCAUCGUCUUUCUGUUCCGCUGGGUCACUUCCAGCAGCGAGUCUGGCGAGAGGUCGCCUGCGGAUACGCUUGGGUUUAGACCGAAGAAUAUUACGCAGGACAUGAUCAACACGAUAUCCAACAUGUUCCCAGACAUACCGACGGAUAACGUCCGAUACGACCUCUUACGCACAGGAAGCGUCGAGCUCACGACUAACAAGAUCCUCGAACGCGGGUUCCUAGACGCACCUCCACCAGCAUACUACACACUCUACCCGCGCGAACCUACCUCAUCCUCAACCACCCACCGCUCUUCCAACAACGCCAACACCAACGGGGGUCCAACACCAAAGGCACCGCAAGAAACGUUGAUAACCCGGUAUCACCUCGAAGACCGCGUGUUGAAUGCCGAGCCGGCCGUUGAGGAAAGUGUGGUGGGGGGCAAGGCGGUGUGGGAGGAGAGUUCGGAGAAGAGGGAGGCGAGUUUGAGGGAACGGAAGGCUCAGAUGAUAUUGGCUGCGCGACAGCGGAUGUUGGCGCAGCAAGAGGCAAAGUCGUAAUUUUGAUGUUUUUACUCUAGAAAGGGUGUGGGGGGGGUUGUUAAUGAAUGAUUUAUUGGAUGAUUUUUCUUCUAUGUCUCCCUUCCUAAU